AUGGCGGAUGAACUUGCUGAGAUCAUGCAGAAUUUCGAUCUUUCUAGCACCGAACUUCAAGCAACUAGCUUGGGUACUGAGGAGAUAGGGGGUGGAAUCCAAGAGUGUAAAAUCAGCUUGAUAGAAAAGAUAAUGGGUGAGAAAGCUUCAAACUACACUGGGGUGAAGAACUUUGUAACCACUGCAUGGGGAUACCCAAAACAAUUAAGAGUGGUGGAGUUAGGACUGAACAUGUUCCAGUUUAUCUUGCCUUUUGAAAGUGACAGAGAGCGGAUCCUACAUGGAGGGCCAUGGAUACUAGAUAAUCAAAUGCUGGUUCUGAAUAACUGGUAUGAAGGGAUAGAGGAUGAUGAAAGGGUAUUUUGCUUGGCACCACUUUGGAUUCAGGUUUGGAAUUUACCGGUUCACUGGAUUUCCAAAGAGGCAGGUAAGAAAAUAGGCUCAAUAUUUCGUCACGUGAGAGAUGUUAUAAUUCCCCAGACUGGGGGAAAGGAAGGCAGACAUUUGAAGCUUCUCGUUAUGGUCAACAUAAGUAAACCUCUGCUACGAGGGACAAUUGUAAAGGUGGGGGAUGUUACUAAGUGGGCAAGUGAUACGAAAUAUGGGCCGCUUAUGGGCCAUGUUUCGGGCUGUAGGAGAAUGAAUCUUUUAGCAAUAGUUUAG